GCCUGAGGACACACAGGGGACCAAGUCCUUGUCAUGGGUACCAGCUGGCCUUUCUGAGCAGCGCUGUGACGGAGGGAGGCCGGGCUGAUGCAGACCCUGGGGGGCGCCUGACCUGCUGGGCCCGCCAGCGUGUCUGUGGACACUGUUUGUGAGCCGUGGCUGUGACCCGCAAGCUCAGGGAGCUGGGACCUGCGUUCCACAGCGAGAGGAAUGGGUCUCCGAUGGCAGACUCCCCGAGGUGGGGGUGGGGAUGCAUCUGGGGCCUCCCUGUGGGGUGUGAGCCCCUGAGAGCCCCCCUCUCUCUCCAGGUCAGCCAUGUCAUCUGAACCUCCUGCGCCACCACAGCCCCCCACCCACCAGGCUUCGGUCGGGCUGCUCGACACCCAGCGGGCCCGCAACCGCUCACCAUCCCCGCUCCGGAGCAAUGUGGUCCCCAGCCCACUGCCCACUCGCCGGACCAGGACCUUCUCCGCACCUCAACUUCCUCAGCUGCAAAAUGGGGACAGGAGCAGGGCUGCCACGGCGCUGCCGAGGAUGCACACGGUGCCUGGCAGAUGCAGACCUCAGGCCCAGACGGUGAGGGCCUCGCAGGGCCCCAUCUACAAAGGAGUGUGCAAAUGCUUCUGUCGCUCCAAGGGCCACGGCUUCAUCACCCCGGCUGACGGCGGCCCCGACAUCUUCCUGCACAUCUCCGAAAACCAUGUUUUUGAAAAUAGGAACCGAUUGCAGAUGUCGGCCGUGGUGGGAGAAUUACCCUUUCUUUAUUCCCCUCCCACUGCUCACACGGCAGGUCUUACUAAUCAUGUCACUGACUCACAACCCCAAGAUGUCUUACAGACCUCCCCUGUUCAAGACCCGGACAGGAUGCCACCAGGACAGGAUGCCAGUCAGAGUGCUGAAGCUUGCGUAGGCACUGACCAUCGACACAGCCCACAACCCUGGACUCUUUACUCACGAUUACUCAUGAUUUCUGCUCUAUAAAACCUCUUGUCUGUAAACCAUCGGGAAUUCAGAUUUUCCAGCACAAGCUGCCUGGUCCCCCUGUGUAGUGCUAUACAAUAAACACCAAUUUCUUUCCCUGCA